CAUUCCCAGGCACCAUCUUUCUCAUGAGCUCCAGCUCUGUACUUUCAUCUCUGCCCCCAGCCCCACACACAGGUUGUGCUGGACCUAGGGGACCUCGAAGGACUCAUAAGUGGUGGUUCCAGAGCCAGGCACUGACCUCCCUUGCCCAGGGGUCUCAGGGCUGGGCAGAGAGAGGUUCCUGAGUUGGGAAGAGCCGAGGGUACACAGGCUCUGUCUGAGUAGCCAGGGAAGGCUCCCGUGAGGAGGCAGCCUGGACAAGCAGGUGGAAGCUCUGCAGAGAAGCUAGGUGGAGGGAAAGUGUUAAUGAGACAGAACAGGGUCUUGGCCGGGUUUCUUGCUGCCUCUCUGAGCUUCAGAUUCGUCAUCCUUAAAGUAGACACAAUGACAUUCCCCUUUAUGAUUUCUUCUGUGACCCAGUGGCCUCUCAUCAUUGGCCCACUUGGGUCUGAAGCCUGGCCAAGGUGGUGGAAGCAACAUGUGGUGGCAGAGCCAGAAGCAGAGUCUCCCCAGUAGCACCCAGCCCCAGAGCUGGCCAGGACCCAUUACCUUCACCAGAGCAGGCUCCCCACUGAGAAAUUCUUGUAUCUUAAAAAAAAAAAAAAAAAUUAUUUGGCUGCAUCGGGUCUUAGCUCCAGCACCAAGAUCUUCACUCUGUCAUGCGGGAUCUUUCAUUGCAGCACAGACUGUCAAGUUGGAGAAACUCUAUCUUGAAACAGAAAAUCCUUAUUCUUUUCUUCCAGCUUUGAUUUGGAAGUCCUUAGCAACUGCUGAACAGGCUCCCUGUUCUGGGAAAUAAAGACAGGGAGAUCUGCAAGGGAGAGAGGCAAGAUGUUUAAGUCCCUAAAAUCCCCUACCCCCUAAGGAACUGAGGCCGAAGUGCCUCUUAAGCAAAAGAGGAAAAGAAUAACUAAGUGAUGUUAAUUGAGCUCUGUGCCAGGUCCUGUUCUCGGUGCUUUGUUGAAAUUGGUGGGUUGGAUUUUCGCUACAUUCUGUGAGGCAGAUUCUUUGUCCUGUGUCACACGUGAGAGUUGACCAACAGCCCCACUGCUCCCGCUUGCCCUGGAGCCUGUCCUCCCCCACCUGACCCUGAGCUUCUGCCCAAACACAGGUGGAACAGUCACAUCCUGCGCUGCCUGCACAGAGACAAGUGAGGGCUUGGGUGGCUUGUCCCCCCACGGCCCACGUUCGCACACGCCCGUGCCACUGGCCCACUGCCAUCUUUGCCCUCAUCUCCCUAUCACAGUUUCUGUGCUUUCUGUGACACAUGAUUCUGGAAUGCACCCAGGACCUGAGAAAAACAAAAGUGUUCUAAAAGACCAUAUUACAGUAAUCAAGAUAGUCCGUUGUGAACUGUAUGUUAGAAAAUAGCAUCGUCAGUGUUAGAUUUCAGUUUUGCUGUGAAUGUAUAAGAGAGUGUCCUUUAAAAAAAAUUUUUUUUAAAUACUUGUUUAUUUGGGUGCCUGGGGUCUUCAUUGCAGCAACACGGGAUCUUCGUUGCGGCUUGUGGCCUCAGUAGUUUUUUUUUUUUUUGAUGCUCACUUAUCCCAUCUUUAGCUAGCAGGUGCCCCAGAGGGUUGGCUCCUGAGUCCUUUGACAUGAUGCCAGUGGUCUUUAGAUGCUUCUUCGCUUUCUGGGCCCACUUGAUGCUCCUGACUCCUCUGGCCUGUUUCCUGCCUAAAACUGGAAUCACCUCUUACUCUAAGAGCCCUGGUUCUUCGGUGGGAAAUGGUAGAGACCACAGUUGGUGUUCCGGGUGCUCACUGCUGCAUAGUAGUAUUACUUUCUCCAGGCAUUUUCAGUUCAUAUUAAUAGAAAAUUGGUUCUUUAUUUGCUUAAGAGAAAAUGAAUUCAUGUCGUAUUUCCAAUUCAAAUGUAGGAGUUCUGAGUUUUUACUUCUCUGAUUUUGUUAAAAUCUUAUUUUCUUUUAUGCUGAUUAUUCAUGAUAUAAACAUCAUUACUUAUUUACUAUAUCUAUAAUCAUUUCCAAAUAAUAUUACUAAUGAGGUUUCCAGUAACAUGAUUACUGAAAACUGUUGAAGAUUUUCUUUUGCAGUUCUAUCUUUUGAGUUGGGAAGAUCUGCUGGAGAAGGGAUAGGCUACCCAUUCCAGUAUUCUUGGGCUUCCCUUGUGGCUCAGCUGGUAAAGAAUCUGCCUGCAGUGUGGAAGACCUAGCUUGAGAGCAGCUGCUGGGUGUCCUUGGCCCCACGUGGAGGAGAUAAAGAUGGCCUCCAAGCGCAUCACCCAGGAGACCUUUGACGCAGCUGUUCGAGAGAACAUCCAGGAGUUUGAGAUGGGGCCAGAGGAGGCGGUGAGAGAGGCCGUGGAGCAGUUCGAAUCACAAGGGGUUGAUCUGAGCAACAUUGUAAAGAUGACUCCAAAAGUCUCUGCGGAUGGACCCCAGGAUCCGAUACAUGACAUCCUGCAGGCCCUGGAUGACCUGCAGGAGUCCUUGGCCCGCUCUCGCCCCCAGGAGGUGUCCGCACACCUCACCCGCUUCUGUGAGCAGUGCAAGGAGCAGAAGGCCUGCCGCUUCCUGGCAGCCGAGAAGGGGGCCUACUCCAUCCUCCUGGAGACCUGGAAGUUGGCCGCCGCGGGUGACCGGGGCCUCCUCCUCCAGGCCCUCAAUGCCCUGUCUGCCCUGACUGAUGGCCAGCCCGACCUCCUGGACACCCAGGGCCUGCAGCUGCUCGUGGCCACGCUGGCCCACAACGCUGAAUCGGCCCACGUGACCUGCUCCGGGAUCCGCUGCGUGCGCCUCGCCUGCCUGAAGCACGAGCAGAACCGGCAGAGCCUGGUGAAGGCCGGCGUGCUGCCCCUGCUGACGGGCGCCAUCGCCCGGCACAGCCGCUGUGCCGACGUGGUCCGCGAGGCCUGCUGGGCCCUGCGUGUCAUGACCUUUGACGACGACAUCCGUGUGCCCUUUGGCCAUGCCCACGACCACGCCAAGAUGAUCGUGCAGGAGAAUGGAGGCUUAAAGGUGCUCAUUGAGGCCGCCAAAGUGUUCCCCGACAAUCCCAGCAUCCUGAGUGAGCUCUGCAGCACCCUGUCCCGCCUGGCUGUCCGCAACGAGUUCUGCCAGGAGGUCGUCGACCUCGGGGGCCUCAGCGUCCUGGUGGCCCUGCUGGCUGACUGCAAUGACCACCAGGAGCUGGUGAAGCAGGUGCUGAGUGCUCUGAGGGCCAUUGCAGGCAACGAUGAUGUGAAAGAUGCCAUCGUCCGUGCCGGCGGGACCGAGUCCAUUGUGGCCGCCAUGACCCGGCACCUGGCCAGUGCCCAGGUGUGCGAGCAGAGCUGUGCAGCCCUGUGCGUCCUGGCCCUGCGCAAGCCAGCGAACAGCCGCGUCAUCAUGGAGGGCGGCGGGGCCCAGGCUGCGCUGCAGGCCAUGAAGGCACACCCUCAGGAGGCUGGCGUCCAAGCUCUUGCCAGCACUCAAGGACAUUGCUCAGAGACUUUGAGUCCCACACCUGAGGAGUCAGCCCCGCCUGCCCAACACUUGGCCACUAAACAGGCCUGCAUGCUGAUCCGGAACCUGGUGGCCCGCAGCCAAGCCUUCUCACAGCCCAUCCUGGACCUGGGGGCUGAGGCCCUCAUCUCGCGAGCCCGAGCCACCCACCGCGACUGUGAGGACGUGGCCAAAGCUGCCCUGCGGGACCUGGGCUGCCACGUCGAGCUCCGGGAGCUGUGGACUGGCCAGAAGGGCGACCUGGCGCCGUGACCGCAGGCCCAGUGCGCGCUGUGACUCUGGGCGAGUCGUGUGACUCAGGAACGGCCUGGGGGCAGGCCAGCUAUCCGAGUCCUGCCACUCUGCCCCCAGCUUCCUCCCCCGUCCAGAAGAGGACUUUUCUGACUGGUGCCAGGUAGAAGCCAGGGAGUGGGAAGGGAGUCGUAGUGAGGCACCCGCACAGCAGAAAGUGGCCCUUGAGGCCCGGCCCCUCUGCGCACUCGUCCACGCGGCUGCCAGCUGAGAGCAUCGCUCCAUCUGCCCUGUGUCACCCCACCCCCACCCCGCUGCCCUUUGCUAGGAGAAGUGCCCCCUCAGCGUUGCUUCUGGCUGAAAGUCCGUCUGAAAUCUGGAAACCACACUGGCCAAUCGCAAAGCAGGGCAGGGAUCCUGCUUCUGUUCCUGCGAGUCCAUUCUCAUCACUGCUACUGCUUCUCUCACCUGUAAGUUGGAUCCCAGGUGCCUUGCCGUGCCGAACAGAGGACAGGGACCAAGGCUUGAUGGUCUCCAGGUGUCCCAGGCCAGCCAGUGGAGCCUGGUAAUAAAAGACUGUUGGUUGAACAAUG